AUCCUCCUCUCACCCGAUCUUCCAACCUCCCUCACUCUGCCCCCUCCCUCUUCUUAAGACCCAAGAAACCCAAACCUUCCUCUUUUUUUACAACCAACCCCCUUUCUCUUCUCGAUCCAGACCGAGAAACCCAAAACAAUCUUCUAAUUUUGCAGAACGAGGACAGAGUCGAACGAUGAGCAGCAUCGGCACCGGCUACGAUCUCUCUGUCACUACCUUCUCGCCCGAUGGCCGCGUGUUUCAGAUCGAGUACGCCGCCAAGGCUGUCGACAACAGCGGGACCGUGAUUGGGAUCAAGUGCAAAGAUGGGAUCGUGCUGGGAGUGGAGAAGCUGAUCACAUCGAAGAUGAUGCUGCCGGGAUCCAAUCGGAGGAUUCAUUUGAUUUCUAAUUUUUGGAACCUUUGCUUAGCUGUAGCUGGCCUAGCAGCAGAUGGUAGACAGAUUGUUGCGCGUGCAAAGUCUGAAGCAACUAACUUUGAAAAGACUUAUGGCGAACCUAUGCCAGUGAAAGAACUUGCAGACAGAGUAGCUAGUUAUGUUCAUCUCUGUACACUUUAUUGGUGGUUACGACCUUUUGGCUGUGGAGUUAUACUUGGAGGUUAUGAUAGAGAUGGACCACAACUGUACAUGGUGGAACCCUCAGGAGUUUCUUAUAGGUACUUUGGUGCUGCAAUUGGGAAGGGAAGACAGGCUGCCAAAACGGAGAUAGAGAAGCUUAAGCUCUCUGAAAUGACUUGUAGAGAAGGUGUUAUUGAAGUCGCCAAGAUAAUAUAUGGGGUACAUGAUGAGGCGAAGGACAAAGCCUUUGAGUUGGAACUCAGUUGGGUUUGUGAUGAAUCGAACCGCCAACAUCAGAAGGUUCCAGAUGCUCUCCUAGAGGAAGCUAAGGCAGCUGCGAAAGCAGCACUAGAGGAGAUGGAUGCAGACUAAGGAGCUCAGAUAUCUUAUUUUGUUAGUUUCGUUUCGAUUGAGAAUUAUCAAUGAGCCUUUGUCUAUCAUUGCUUAAAACUUAAAAAAUAGUGUACCUUAAUGAUGGACGGGGGUUAUGGAGGAAAAGUAAUAGUUGCGUGUGGUCUUUGUUAUCCAACAUUGACUGGAAUCUGAAUUUUCUUGCACUUUUUCACCUGUAUUCAUCACUUACAUUUGUUUUAUCGGGGAUUCUGCAAUUUGAAAUCGUACACAGUGAUGCAGUGCUUUUCAGUUAAAA